UUGGUUUAGGAAUACGUACCACAUGGUUCCUUACUUGAGUAUAUCAUGGGAAGAGGAGGAAGAAAGUUGACGUGGAGGCAAAGAGUAAACACAGCUAUUGGAACAGCUAAAGGUAGAUUUCCCACGUAAAAAGUAGGUACAAAAUAUUAUUAACAGGGUUACCUGAAAUUAUUUUUUUUUUUUUUACAGGAAUAGCUCACUUACAUGAUGGGAUUAAGCCUAGUAUAAUCCACCGUGAUAUAAAACCUAACAACAUCUUAAUUGGAGACGGUUCGAAGCCAAGGUCUCAGAUUUUGGACUCGUGAAAUUGGGACCUUUUAUUGGUGUUAUCCUUCUGCAACUUGUUUGUGCCCGGCCUGCUGUAGAUUCAACUAGAAAUCAACAUGAUUAUCAUAUUAUUGAUUGGGUUAGCUAGUUUAUCAAUUAUAAUUUUGCUUUGAAGCUGUUAGUAAUCUGCCAAUUUAGAGGCUAAACAUGUUCUAAAGUAAGCUGUUAAAAUGCAGGCAAGGCCCAGUAUAAAGAGGGGCAGCAUCGAAGAAAUCCUUGAUACUAAUCUUUUAUACGAACCAUGCAAUAUGCAAAUGAUGGUGAGGAUGGGAAAACAUGGUCUAAGAUGUGUGGUGAAAAUGCCUAAAGACCGUCCAACAAUGACUGAGGUCUGGCAAGAACUAGAAGAUACACUUUAUUCAGUUGGCAACUUCUUGAACAGACAGCCCUUGAGAAGUUCUCGAAGAACAAAUGACAAGUUUCCUCGUAGAUCAUUGGACCAGGAUUAUUGUCAAAGCUUUAGCUUAGAUGAUGUUGGAUUUCAGAAGUUCCGAGUUGAGAUGGAUAGUGUUUCAUUUCAAAGUAUCAGCUUAAGGUGUUUUGAGAUCAACAGCAAUAUUGUUGAUGUUGAUAAGAAGAAUUUGAGCGGAGUAAGUGAGGAGAUAGGUAGAGAGCAAUUAGAAAAGUAAUUCAAGCUUGUUAAUAAA